CUCAUUUCCGCUUCCGGUGCGGGCGGCGCGCGAGCGCGGCGGUGGGAGGCGGCGACCUAGCCGGUUGAGGCCUCAGGCCUGGCCUCACCACAAUGUGGCACGAGGCUCGGAAGCAUGAGCGGAAGCUUCGCGGCAUGAUGGUGGACUACAAGAAGAGGGCGGAGCGGAGGCGGGAGUACUAUGAGAAGAUCAAGAAAGACCCAGCCCAGUUCCUGCAGGUACAUGGCCGAGCUUGCAAGGUGCACCUGGAUUCUGCAGUUGCCCUGGCUGCUGAGAGCCCUGUUAACAUGAUGCCCUGGCAGGGGGACACCAACAACAUGAUUGACCGCUUCGAUGUCCGUGCCCAUCUGGACCACAUCCCCGACUACACUCCCCCACUGCUCACCACCAUCUCCCCAGAACAGGAGUCAGAUGAGCGGAAAUGUAACUACGAGCGCUACCGAGGCCUGGUGCAGAACGACUUUGCUGGCAUCUCAGAGGAGCAGUGCCUGUACCAGAUCUAUAUCGAUGAGUUGUACGGAGGCCUCCAAAGACCCAGUGAGGAUGAGAAGAAGAAGCUGGCAGAGAAGAAGGUCUCUAUUGGUUACACCUAUGAAGACAGCACGGUGGCUGAGGUAGAAAAGGUGGUGGAGAAACCAGAGGAGGAGGAGUCACCAGCCGAGGAGGAGAGCAACUCGGACGAAGAUGAGGUCAUCCCCGACAUCGACGUGGAGGUGGACGUGGAUGAGUUGAACCAGGAGCAGGUGGCAGAUCUCAACAAACAGGCCACAACGUAUGGCAUGGCUGACGGUGACUUUGUCAGAAUGCUUCGGAAAGACAAGGAGGAGGCUGAGGCCAUCAAACAUGCCAAGGCCCUUGAGGAGGAGAAGGCCAUGUACUCGGGCCGACGCUCCCGGCGCCAGCGGAGGGAGUUCCGGGAGAAACGACUGAGAGGCCGCAAGAUCAGCCCUCCCAGCUAUGCCCGCCGAGACAGCCCCACCUACGAUCCCUAUAAACGGUCACCCUCGGAAUCCAGCUCCGAGUCCCGUUCCCGCUCCCGUUCCCCAACCCCGGGCCGUGAGGAGAAGAUCACAUUCAUCACCAGUUUUGGGGGCAGCGAUGAGGAGGCAGCUGCA